AUGUCAGUGUGUGGUCAUUAUAUCUCGAAAGUUCAAGACGAUGAAGUUGGUGAUGGUACAACUUCUGUUGUUGUGUUAGCCGGGGAGCUUAUGAGGGAGGCAGAGAAGCUGGUAAAUGCAAAAAUCCAUCCAAUGACUAUUAUUUCAGGGUACCGUAUGGCAGCUGAAUGUGCUAGAAGUGCAUUGCUGGGGAAGGUUGUGGAUAAUAAACUUGAUGCAGAUAAGUUCCAAGCAGACUUGAUGAAGAUUGCAAUGACUACUUUGAGUUCCAAAAUUCUGUCUCAGGAUAAAGAACAUUUUGCAAAACUAGCUGUUGACGCUGUUAUGAGGCUGAAGGGAAGUACAAAUUUGGAAUCAAUUCAGAUCAUAAAGAAGCCUGGCGGUUCUCUGAAAGACUCAUUUUUAGACGAAGGAUUUAUCUUGGACAAAAAAAUUGGCGUGGGCCAACCAAAGCGUAUUGAGAACGCAAAGAUUUUGGUGGCAAAUACUGCAAUGGAUACAGAUAAGGUGAAAAUUUACGGGGCACGUGUUCGAGUCGACUCGAUGGCAAAGGUUGCCGAGAUUGAAGGGGCUGAAAAGGAAAAGAUGAGGGAAAAGGUGCAAAAGAUAAUCAAUCACGGGAUAAACUGCUUUGUGAACAGGCAACUUAUUUACAAUUUUCCUGAGGAACUAUUUGCCGAUGCUGGAGUACUCGCGAUUGAACACGCUGAUUUUGAUGGCAUUGAAAGGCUGGCUCUUGUUACCGGUGGUGAGAUUGCAUCAACUUUUGAUAAUCCGGAAUCUGUUAAGCUCGGGCACUGCUCUGUUAUUGAGGAAAUUAUGAUUGGAGAGGACAAACUGAUCCACUUUUCUGGGGUUGCAAUGGGUCAGGCAUGCACAAUUGUGUUGAGAGGUGCAAGCCCUCACAUGCUGGAUGAAGCCGAAAGAUCGCUACACGAUGCUUUGUGCGUUUUAUCACAGACGGUAAAUGAUAGCAGGGUUUUGUUCGGAGGCGGAUGGCCGGAAAUGGUAAUGGCAAAGGCAGUUGAUGAACUUGCCAGAAAGACUCCCGGGAAAAAAGCUCAUGCAAUCGAAGCUUUUUCACGUGCUCUUGUGGCUAUUCCGACUACCAUUGCGGAUAAUGCUGGUUUAGACAGUGCCGAGUUAGUUGCUCAGCUUCGUGCAGAGCAUCAUAAGGAAGGAACCUCUGCUGGGAUUGACGUCAUAUCGGGAUCUGUUGGAGAUAUGUCGGAGCUUGGUAUAUCCGAGUCGUUUAAAGUGAAGCAAGCUGUAUUGCUUUCGGCAACUGAAGCUGCUGAGAUGAUUCUAAGGGUUGAUGAGAUCAUCACUUGUGCCCCGCGAAGGAGAGAAGACAGGAUGUGA